CAAAUCCAUGUUUGAUCUUUAUUUCGUUCCCUCACUGGAAUGCCAGACUUGCGGAAGGCCAGAAGUUAUGUCAAGACAACAUAUUUGGACACUUGAAAUCACACAAUCAAUUCUUGGUGCACCAGGACCACUGAGACUCCCCAAUUGUGCCAUGACACAUGUAAAUGUCUGCGGUCAACACAUGACCAUUCUCAGGAGAUUUGGACCUCCAUUACAGUGGAAUGUUGUGGUGGUUGAUGGUGGAGUUAGGCGCAGAUAUGUUGUCCAACCAUGGUAUCAAUUCCUUGCAGAUAAUGAUUUCUCCCACGGUGAUGAAGUCUCCUUCUAUUACAGGACCAUUGAUAAAAUAUGGGAAAUUGUCAUCCGCCGGAGAAAGAAUUGGGAGUAUUAGAGUUAACUUAUGUACUUUGAUUUUUCUAUCUU